AUGUCUGGAAGAGGAAAGGGCAGUGGGAAAGGUCGCGCCAAGGCGAAGUCUCGGUCGUCCCGGGCUGGCCUGCAGUUCCCGGUGGGCCGUGUUCACAGGCUCCUGAGAAAGGGUAACUAUGCUGAGCGUGUGGGUGCCGGAGCGCCGGUCUAUCUGGCUGCGGUGCUGGAGUAUCUGACGGCUGAAAUCCUGGAGCUAGCCGGCAACGCGGCCCGGGACAACAAGAAGACCCGCAUCAUCCCCAGGCACCUGCAGCUGGCCGUGCGCAACGACGAGGAGCUCAACAAGCUGCUGGGAGGGGUGACCAUCGCUCAGGGCGGGGUGCUGCCUAAUAUCCAGGCCGUGCUGCUGCCCAAGAAAACCUCCGCUGCUGGAUCUUUUGUGAUCAUGUCUGGAAGAGGAAAGGGCAGUGGGAAAGGUCGCGCCAAGGCGAAGUCUCGGUCGUCCCGGGCUGGCCUGCAGUUCCCGGUGGGCCGUGUUCACAGGCUCCUGAGAAAGGGUAACUAUGCUGAGCGUGUGGGUGCCGGAGCACCGGUCUAUCUGGCUGCGGUGCUGGAGUAUCUGACGGCUGAAAUCCUGGAGCUGGCCGGCAACGCGGCCCGGGACAACAAGAAGACCCGCAUCAUCCCCAGGCACCUGCAGCUGGCCGUGCGCAACGACGAGGAGCUCAACAAGCUGCUGGGAGGGGUGACCAUCGCUCAGGGCGGGGUGCUGCCUAAUAUCCAGGCCGUGCUGCUGCCCAAGAAAACCUCCGCUGCUGGAUCUGCUAAAAAGUGAAGAGAUCAUUCUUGAAUCUGACAACCCAAAGGCUCUUUUAAGAGCCACUCACAGCAUCUGUGAAAGGAGCUGAACU